AUGAAGGUGCUUCUGAUCUCCGGCUUUCUGGUUCUUCUGGCGGUCACUACAGCCUCUGCAAGAAUAUCCCCCGGAUGGAGCCGGAAGUGCGGUCCCAAUGAGGUCUUCAAGCAAUGCGUGGGCAGCAGCUGUGCCGAACUCAAGUGCGGCAUGGAACGCAUGCCACUCGCUUGCACCAUGGACUGCGUCAGCGGCUGUUUCUGCGCUCCAGGCUUCUACCGUAAGGGGCACACGGAAUGCGUUCGCCGGAGCGAGUGCCGAAUCUAGCCCUUCAAGCUCAUG